AUGGCUGACUACUUGCAGAUGAUUCUAGCCUGCAGGAAAUACCUCAUCAUAGUGCUUGUACCCAUUUUGCUUCUUCCUCUGCCUCUGGUGGUUCCUACCAAGGAGGCCCAAUGUGGUUAUGUUAUCCUGGUGAUGGCACUGUUUUGGUGCACGGAAGCCUUGCCGUUGGCUGUCACAGCUCUCUUGCCUGUCGUGCUGUUCCCACUAAUGAAUAUCAUGGAGUCAGCAACAGUCUGCGUCGAGUAUUUGAAUGACACCAAUAUGCUUUUUGUUGGGGGACUGCUGAUGGCCAUUGCUGUUGAGAACCGGAACGUACACAAGCGCAUUGCUCUCAAUGUCUUGCUUAUCACUGGUGUCAGACCAGCCCUGCUUCUCAUGGGUUUCAUGAUUGUGACCGCCUUCCUGUCAAUGUGGAUCAGCAACACCGCCACCACCGCCAUGAUGAUCCCAAUAGCACAAGCAGUGUUGGAACAGAUGCACGAUUCAGAAAUGGAGUUUAGCACAGUUGACCAAACAUCUGAAAACACCAAUAAAGCCUUUGAACUGCAGGAAGAGCCAACGAAACCAGAGAGCUCCAAAGAGACAGAGGAAAAAGACCUAGGUAAUAGUCAUGCCCUGACAGUCGAGGAAGACAGAAGGAGAAAUGAAAAUCUGCUAGAGGAGAAACACUUGAAAUUCUGCAAGGGGAUGUGUCUCGCUGUUGCUUACUCAGCCAGUAUUGGAGGGAUUGCAACUCUGACUGGGACAGCACCAAAUCUGGUACUGCAAGGACAAGUUAACCAGCUCUUUCCUGGAAAUGGCAAUGUCGUCAACUUUGCCUCUUGGUUUUCCUUUGCCUUCCCCAUCUCGAUCUUGUUACUGGUUUCGGCGUGGAUUUGGCUGCAGAUAAUGUACUUGGGCAUUGAUUUUAAGAAGAAUUUUGGUUGUGCUGCAGAUUCCUCUGUAAAGGCUAAGCAGCAACAGGCCUAUGAUGUUAUCAAGAAAGAGAGCAAGAAAUUGGGCUCAAUGACAUUUCCAGAAAUAGCAGUUUUGGUCCUCUUCGUACUAAUGGUACUGCUCUGGUUUACAAGAGAGCCUGGUUUCAUGCCAGGUUGGGCAACAGUUCUUUUCAACAAAGAUGAUACAAGCUAUGUCACUGAUGCUACAGUUGCCAUCUUCAUUUCAAUUUUGUUGUUCAUCAUCCCUUCCAGCCUUCCUAGCAAGGACAGAGACACACAACAAACAGGCAGCAGGUCAAACAUUAAAGCACCAUCAGCUCUCUUGGAGUGGAAAACAGUUCAGCAGAAAAUGCCGUGGAACAUUGUGCUUCUGCUGGGAGGUGGCUUUGCCUUAGCCAAAGGCAGUGAGGAAUCUGGUCUGUCUACAUGGUUAGGUAGCAAACUGACUCCUCUGGAGCAGAUCCCUCAAGCAGCUAUUGCUUUCGUGAUGUGUCUCCUUGUUGCCACUGUCACUGAGUGCACCAGCAACGUGGCCGCCACUACCCUCUUUCUCCCUAUUCUGGCUUCAAUGGCUGAAGCGAUCUGCCUCAAUCCACUCUAUGUCAUGCUGCCCUGUACAGUUUCUGCAUCGUUGGCCUUCAUGCUCCCAGUGGCCACUCCUUGUAAUGCCAUUGUCUUCUCAUACGGACAACUCAAGGUUAUAGAUAUGGCCAAAUCUGGGUUCAUACUCAACAUCAUGGGAGUUCUAACGAUAACUCUAGCCCUCAACACCUGGACUUCAUCUUUGUUCCAACUGCAUACUUUCCCAUCUUGGGCAAAUAGCUCAGGUACCUGCCUGUAA